CCUGUGCCUGAAACCAGUUUUUUAUGUAUACAUAUCGGCUUUCAGAGUAAAGUGCACUCGAAAAGUUGUUUAUAUUAUUUUAACUGGAUUUACUCGAGUGUUGUUUUUAUUUAUCUGUGUUUAUUUAUUUAUAUACAAUGGCAUGUCGCUUUCGAUCGUUUAUUUUUAUGGACUGCGAGACGACCGGAUUGGAAUCUUGGUCGAAAAUCACCGAAUUGUGUUUGAUUGCUAUACAAACCGAACACUUGCUCACUACAUUAUCUAAUCGACUUCCUAGAGCAAUAAAUAAACUUACACUGUGUUUUAAUCCACGGAAAACAAUCCAUCCGACAGCUUCUCAGAUAACAGGUUUGUUUAAUGAAACAUUAGAAAAUGCAGCUGUUUUCAAUGAAAAAACAAUUGAAUUGCUUGAAAACUUCAUUCAGCAUGUCCCACAACCAGUUUGUUUAGUCGCACACAACGGCUACAAGUUUGACUUUCCCAUUCUACGGAAUCAUCUCAAAGAGAAGCAGUUUCUUGAUACAUUCCGGAAUCUUUUUACACUUGACACUCUACAACUGUUUAAACAUCACCACAAACUGGAAGUGGAGAAAAUUCAGUUAAAAAAAGAAGAGGAACUUAAAAAUCUGCCUAUUGAUCUGUUAGAUGAUGACUGGGAUGAUGUUAUCAGUGCGAAACUCGACCAACUCGACUCGGAUGCGGAGUUUAUCAAAAGAAGUUUGAUGGUGAAAGAGGUUAACGAGACAACGCCGACAAAGAAGGAUAAAUUGCAUGAUGUGCAUGGUGAUGAUGAUUUGUAUGCUCAGCCAACGCAGAAAGAAAUCCAUAGGGGAGCUAAAAAGAAGCUGAAUUUUGGGAAGAAGAUGCCCAGUUUUAAGCUGGGCGAUGUUUUCGAAAGAAUGACAGGAGAGUCGAUAAUGCAGAGUCAUGAGGCUGAAUGUGAUGUGAUCAUGAUGGCGAAAUGCGCGAUUGCCAUGGGCGAGGAAUUUGUUGCAUUGGCGGAAGCUAUCGCUGUGCCAUUUGUAAAUAAUGCGUGAAUCUCUUCUCGGCUUUGUCGUGAUAUAAAAUGGCGGACACUAUUGUAUUUUGAGUUGCAUAUGCAUGCUGAUUUUAUACUUUUUUUACUAUAUUUUAAUAUAAACUUUAUAUAUUUAUAUGAUUUUAAUAAAAAUUAUUGAAAUAUCGGGGA